UCCUCCUCUCAGUCAGCCCAGCAGUCAUUUCUCUUUUCACUUUCUUUCCUAACCAUCACUUAYUUCCUUCUGCGUGAGUUUACAGACGAGAAGCAUCGCUCUGCCCCUCUCUCUCCACCUCCUUCCCAGCCAUGUGACUGAGCACUCCCUGCAUGAAGUGAAACUUUYCAGUCCGCAGGCAAUCUCGGUUUCCUCUCAGCCGCUCCCCGGGGACCAGCAGCAUCUCCAGCCGCACCGAGCUGGYCAUGGGGAGGAGCACACGGCCGCUCAUCUCGCUGACCCUCGCCUGUGCAUUUUCCUCCUGCUUUGCUGAGGUGGCCCUGGGGGUCAAACUGUAUCCAGAAACCACAUCCUUCCACCAAAUGGCUACUUCUGCUCAGCCGCCUUCCCUUUAUUAUUCCUCACCCCAUCAAAGUGCCACCGUUCAUUUUAACAGCACAGGGUCUCUUCAAACAAUGCCCAUGAGCCACAGAACAUCAGAGCAGCACCAGGCAACAGCAGCUCCAGGCCAGCACGGGGCAGAGCAGGCAGGAGCAGGCACCGUGUCCACAACAGCCGCAGACACCACCGGCACAGACAGCCAGGCCACCACCCAGACAAUGCUCUCCGUUACUGAUGCAGUGGAGAACAAAACCACCCCCUCUGUCUCCUCCACCAGGCGUGGGAGGAGAACACGUGAGACCACAGAAACGACAGCAGCAGCCACCAACACCUCCCUGAAACAUGAGACAGUGAGUACCCAGGUGACAGCUGCCACCAACACCUCUGCAGCCACCACCUCGCAGAGAGCCGGGCGCAGCACGCGGUCACGGAGACAAACGACAGCCACUGAGGCUCCAACAGCCACAGCAGUGAGCAGCACCACAACCACCCAKGCAGGGACACAAACAGCCCCCACAUCCUCUGCCAGGACAGUGAGCCCCUCUCCUGUCCCACAGCCCUCUGCCAUCCCCACUGGCACCUACACCGUUUCUGAUGGGAACACRACCUGCAUCAAAGCUGUCAUGGGUCUGCAGCUGAUGGCUCAGGAUACWCAACAGGAGCAGGUGGAGUUUGUGACUGUCAACCCCAAUGGGACACAGAUAUCUGGAAGCUGUGGCACGGUGCAGUCUGAGCUGAACUUAACUUUUAGUGGAGGAUUUGUAAACUUCACCUUUGUAAAGCAAGCUCCAAGUUACUUUGUCAGUAAAAUUGAUAGCAGAAUACAGUUUUCUUCUGAAGGAAUGCUUUAUUUCGCAGUCCUAAAUGAGAAGCUGUUUACAACAAAGCUGGGGAAUUCCUUCAAAUGUGCCAGCAGGCAAACCUUCACCUUGGAGAGGAACUUCCAGAUCCUCUUUGUUCAUGUGCAGCUGCAGGCAUUUGACAUUGCUGAUAACCAGUUUGGAAACGAAGAAGAAUGUUUUCUCGAUAGAAGCAGCAAAGCAGCUCCCAUUGCAGURUGCCUGUGUAUCCUGGGAUUGUUUGUCAUUGUGUUUGUCACCUUCUUGAUCUCCAGGAGAAAGCCACAAAGAGGAUAUCAGCGCAUCUGAGGUGCCUGUACACGUUCACAUGUGUGCAGCAAGCAGAAAAGUCASAGGAGUUUUUGCUUCUGCCUGGCAAUCCCACUGCCCUGAAGCCACAUUUUUAAGUGAGAUGACACCAUGUGUUUACAGCUAAUGAAUAUUUCUGGAAGGAGUUUCUUUAAGAUGGGAAGGCGAGAACUCACAUCCUCUACUUUAGGCUAUUCUUAGCAUCUAAUUUAGAUGUAGUCCAGAUGACCAAAAUCAGGAGCCUAAAUUCUCUGUUAUCAACAAGGGAURUCAUUCAGAUCACCUAAGUCAGAUUCUAAAAAUAGCUUAAAGCAAGCAGUAUCACCAUCCCCCAGAAAAUCCAUUACGUUUGUUAAUGCUAGUGUUUAGAUUUACUAAAUGAUAUAAGUCUGACCUUCAGGUGAAUAAACCAGAGGUCCACAGCUCUAUUUCCACAGAGCUCUUCCCUGGUAAGUAAGAGCUCACUGAAAGCUUUUUGGGAACAUGGUGUGUGCCAAAAUCUCAGGGGAAAUGUCAGUGUGACUCCUUUCAUAACCACAUUCUUAGCAGUCCUACMACACUGUUUUGUAUCCUAAGUGCCUGGGUUUUCCCCUUUCAGUCCUUUGCAAAGACACAGUGGUGAUAUGUGAUCCUUUCUCUGGAGCGUAGUAUGUCAUGUUCCUGUGGGAGCUCAGGAAUCCCCACAUCCUGUUCAGACAUGGACCUGUCCCAGUGACCACAGUGAGCCCAGGAACUGCCCCUCUACUGAGACAGCAGCACGGUGGUCUCUUAAUGCAGGGAGAUGCCACACACUGGAAAUGCCUGGGAUUAAGUGACCGCCUUUGGGACAGACCUUUCCAUGAGAAAUGGAAAUCCACUGAUGCUGUAUGGUCAAGGCUUCCGUGGGAAGUAAAGGCCUUGGACAAACUCCCUGUCCAAAAGUGAGUGUUCUCCAGUGUGCUCACAGCUGAGCAGCUGGAUUUUCAUGUGGAAAUGAUUUGGAGCUGCUUUAAAGUACACUAAUUGAUAGGCUCUGUAGUCURUUUCCUGCUAAAUCAAUGAUGAAGGCAUGAGAAUAGUAAUUGCUUUUGAGAUUAAGUCCAGCUCAUGUUCUUCGUUGUUACAAGGAAAUGCGCCUUGUCACUGAAAAUUUACAAAGCCAAACCUAUGUGCAAAUGUGCAUGUAAACAAACACAUGUAUGUGCCACAAUCUGCUCACURAAGCAAACGACAUCAAGAUGGUAAGAAAUUACAUUUAAAAGCAUUUGCAAAGGAGAAGAUAAUGUUUAAUAAGAGCACACUUCCCCCAAGGAGUUAGGGAAAUGGCUGCAAUUUUAUUAAUAAAAUUUUGUCCUGGAGAAGGUCUGUGGACUGGCACUUAUUAAACAAAAGAWAGACUCAAGUCAUAUGCAAAAAUACCUUGAAAAUUUAAUCUGUGUCUAAAUAAAAUGGAAAUGCUGGGAGCUAAUUUAAUUUUCAUGAAUAAUGGCCCAAUUCCUGCACAGUUAUUAAUGGUGAUGGAACCUCACUGGAUUUUCACUGGGUAAAACUGAUAGUUAUGUCUUUUCAGAUACUCCCUUAAGUAUUUUAAAAAUAGUUUUGACAUUUAAUAGUAUUUAACCAUUGCAAAUGUACUUAGUUAAGAAAGAAAAGAAUCCUUCUAUUUCAUGAAUUACCAAGAGGUGCUGGUCUGUGUGAAGCAGGAAACAUGGUCAUACUGUUCUAUAACCAAUAAAAUAUGUGGCUGUGGAAGUAAUUAACAUUCUCCAGAAAUGUUCCCUUUGAGUCUGAAUGAACCAAUAAAAAAGAGAUAAAGACAAUUUUGAAGCACUUUURCACUUGGAGAAACAUCAGAACAAAGAACCAGCUGUGAGCACAGGGACAGCUGAAUGUAUUUAUAAGGUAAAAUAGCAGAAGAAAUGGAAUACCAGACUUCCAAGCCUUGAAUACAGRUACAGUGUUUGAACUGUAUUCAGUUGGAUACACAAAUUGAAAUGUAAGUAUUUCAGUUAUUGUUCUGUAAAGGGCUCCAGCACUGUUCAUAAUGCUUAGUGAGAUUUAUUGAGCUCAUUUUCCCUUCCUCCUUUCCCCCUUAGACAAGCAGACACUGGACUCAGACCUUGSGCCUAAUAAGAUCCCUCUSCUUCUUGGGAUUAGUUACCACUAUYAAUCAGUUGUUUAGAAAGCAGGUUUUUAUACUGAACUAAAGCAUUCACAUUUUUUUAAAAAAUGAGAUGUCUGGGAGGAAAAGUAAAUGUGUGAAGAGCUUCCAUCUAAAAAUGAGCCUGCAGUAGGAGUGUACAGUCCCAGACUGCUACAUGUGGACAUUUUAACAACAAACUAUGCCUAAAAACCUCAGCACAUGGUCUGACCUUGAGCUGUUCUGCCCAGUGAUCAAUAGACAUCUCUGCCACUCAAAGCUGAGUCCCAUUUCUCAUGUUCUUUGGAUUGUUGGUUUCCAUGAUCUCUGUUACUUCUACUGACACGGAYAUAACAUUUGCUUGUUCUGUUCCGAAAAAUUCCUUUAUGUUAAUAUUCACUGGAUUUUACRUAUUAAUCUUUUAAAAAAGUUUAAUGAGGAUGAGGACAGAAAUGUUUUAUUAAUGCCUGCUAAUUCUGUUUUUAAUAUUGUGACAUCUUUUGRCAUUUUUACCAGUGAUGAAAGAUUYCYCCCCAGUUUUUUUUU